CGGCUUCUAUUGCCGAUCGCUCCGUGACGCUAACCCAACAGCCCGUUCGCUCCCCAUUCUACCGCUCCUUCCCGACGGGGGAAGCGCCCUCCUGUGUGUUCGAAUCAGAAGGAGGAAGAGGCGGCCGCCGCGAAGCGCAAGGGAUUCCUUCUAUGCAUUGUGUCAAGCAGGAGAAGCAUCUGAAACGAAUGAGGGAAAAUACCUAAAAUAUAUAUGAUAAAAUAUCUCUGAGAAUCGAACUUCGACCCUCCAAAACGAACAAAGGAGCUGCCUUUGGAGGAGGGCAGAGGAGGAGGAAUGCUUUCCCUCAAGCCCCUCCUUCCACUCCCCCACUACCUCCUCCUCUCCCUUCGGAUCACCACCCUCUCCUCCUCCGUCGUUUCUCGUCACCAGCAACACCAACAACGGCCUUCAGAGGAGCUUCCCAACCCCUACGACCUGAUGAAGGAGGACCCCAUCCAGGUGUGCUCCGACCUGUGGGUCCGCUGCUUCUCUCGCCCAGACCCCCAUCUCCCCUUUCCCAACCUCACCGGCUUCCUCAAGAAGUUCGACCUCUGGGUGCUCGCCUACCAGCGCGCCUGCGCCCACCACACCGGCUCCUUCCCCCCCAAGAACGCCAUCCACCUCCCCCACCUCCGCUCCCUCCUCGCCCUCCAGCGCGCCGCACUAUCGCCGAACUACACCUGGGGGGCCUCCACCCACCUCCUCCUCCGCUCCCCUGCCGAGCCCCCCUCCACCCGCCCCAUCUCCCGCCGCAAGUUCCUCGCCCUCCUCGCCUCCGCCCCUCCCCCCUUCCAGGACCGUGUCCUCCAGGAGCUCCUCCUCCUCCUUCUCGAGCCCGUCUUCGAGCCCCGCUUCUCCCCCAGGUCCCACGCCUUCCGCCCCGGCCGCAGCGCCCACACCGUCCUCCGCACCAUCCGCUCCAACUUCGCUGGCUACCUCUGGUUCCUCAAGGCCGAUCUCUCCGCCGUCUCCGAUAACUUCAGCCCCGGCGUCAUCAUCUCCUGCUUGAAGAAAGGCGUCUCCGAUCGGAAAAUUCUGGGCUUGAUCAAAUCCGCCUUGAGGCAACCCGUGAGGGUCGGGUCGUCGCCAGCCGAUGAGGCGGUCGACAGAUUGGCCAAGAAGAGGAUGAAGCGGAAGAUGCUGCGGAAGAGCAGGAAGAAGAAGGUUUUGAAGGAGGACGAGCCCAAGCCCGAUCCCUACUGGCUGAGGGCUUUCUUUGGCUUCGCCCCCGACGAAGCCGCCAGGGUCCCCAACUACGGGCACUGCAGGAUCCUCAGCCCUUUGCUUGUCAAUGUAUGCCUCACCGAAUUGGACACUUGGAUGGAAGAUCGGAUAGCAAGGUACUUUCGUCCAUCGAAGCUCGACUCCAUUUGGACGGAUUCGAUCGCCGACGACUGCCACAACCCUGCCUGGCCGGAAUUCGUUCCCACGAGCGGGAGGGAGAAGACGAGGAGGAUGGAUUGCAUUCGCUAUGGGUCCCACCUUUUGAUCGGAAUUCGUGGACCGAGGGAGGAUGCGGUGGAGUUACGAAAGGAUUUGAUUGAGUUCUGUGAAAGCAAGUAUGGACUGAGGUUGGAGAAUUCAAACAUAGAGAUCGAGCACAUAACAAGAGGGAUCGAGUUCUUGGAUCACGUGAUCUGCCGGCGGGUGAUGCACCCUACAUUGCGUUACACAGCAACAGGAGGGACGAUCGUAAGCGAGAAAGGUGUCGGGACAUUGCUUUCUGUGACUGCAAGCUUGCAGCGUUGCAUCAGCCGGUUCAGGCAUCUCGAGCUCGUCAAGGGGGAUAAGGACCCGGAGCCGCUGCCUUGCACGCCGAUGCUUUAUGCCGGCCAGGCCCAUACCAAUUCUCAGAUGAACAAGUUCCUCGAGACCAUGGCGGAUUGGUAUAGAUAUGCAGAUAACCGGAAGAAAGUAGUCGGCUUUUGUGCGUAUGUGAUUAGGAGCUCUCUGGCUAAGCUCUAUGCUGCAAGGUAUAGGCUGAAGUCUCGUGCCAAGGUGUACAAGAUUGCCUCCCGUGACCUCAGCCACCCAUUGAGAGAGAGUGCGAGGAAUGAUGCACCAGAGUAUUCUGAUCUUUUGAGGAUGGGGCUUGUUGAUGCCAUCGAGGGUGUUCAGUUUUCGCACAUGUCAUUGAUUCCAUCAUGUGAUUAUACCCCAUUCCCUAGGAACUGGGUACCUGACCAUGAGCGGAUAUUGCAUGAAUAUGUUAGGCUGCGAGAUCCGAAAUUCUUUUGCGAACUGCAUAAGUCAGUGAAUCGGAAUGAAUUGAGAUCGCCUCAGGAUGCAAUAUCAGAGAUUGUUUGGGACUAUAAGAUAUGUGGAGUUUGGAGCAAGAAGUCUCUAGGAAUUAUCAAAGAGCAGGAAAAUGAUGAAAAUAAUACUAAUGGUGAUAGAAGCUUCUUGUUGAAGGAAUCUAUUGCACUUUAAUACAGUGUUACUAGGGUGUCUCGGUGCACGAGACUCCUACUGUUGUGGAGUCUGGGAAGGAUCAGAUAUACGCAGCUUUACCCUACAUAUGGAGAGGCUAUUUCCAUAUUUUGAACAUGUGGCACCCAGGUUACAAUAGAGCAACUUCUGAAAUGCAAUUUGUAAAUUUUCUGCAAUGCUUUACUUUUCAUUGAUGAAAGAAGGCUGAGGAGAAUCAUUUUUUCCAAGUGCAAGUACCAGGCAACUGAACUACCAUUGCUUCAGCAACCCAUACAGCACCUUGGAGCAUGUAAAGGUACGUGACCUUUAAAACUAAGCAGUAAAUUAACGAGGUAUGGUGUGUUAUUAAAUUAUAUGAUGCAUGCUCUAUUUGUUCUCUGUGGUCAGUCCACUUUGGGCAUAUGUUUCUGGAAAAAACUAUUGCUUCAACUUUGUAUGAAUGUUGUAUACUUUGUUGGGUGUAAUCUUUCUUUUUGAUCAGUCCAUAACACACUGAAAGUGAGGUUUCUGCAAUGUGUUGUCAUUUCUCAGUUACCUUGUUGUAGAGUAAGUGCUAAAUUUGGUUUCUUAGGUGGAUCAAUAUGAUUCUCAGAGAUGUACAGAUGAUAAUGUAUAAAUGCUGAAAAUUAUUCAUUUCUCCGAGUAAGUGCUAUAUUUGGUUUCU